AUGACUGAUUUAGGGGCCCUUCACCAUUUUCUAGGUAUCACGGCCACACGUGAUCAGCAUGGUUUGUUCUUGUCGCAAGCAUCUUAUACUCGUGACAUUCUUUGGAGAGCUUCUAUAGCUUCUUGCAAGCCUUGCACUACCCUGGUAGACACUUCCACUAAACUCAGUGCCACGGAUGGUGAACUUUUUGCUGAUGGCACUUUAUACAGGACUCUUGCUGGAGCUCUACAAUACUUAACGUUACUCGCCCGGGUCACCGUUGAUUAUGGUCUUCAGUUGGUUGCUUCCCAUUCACACACUUUGACUGCUUACUCUGAUAUGCUGCCUGGUGUAGAUGCCCCGAAUCUCGCAGAUCUACCCCCGACUAUUAUGUAUUCCUUCUAG